UAAAAUAAUCAUCAUGUCUGCCAGUAAUAUAAGAAAUCUGUCAACUAAGAAACCACAUAAAAAGACUACAAUUGGCUAUAGUGAACAAUGUUUUCCAGGUGUUUACGGCACAUUACGAUUUUAUGAUACACUAACACCCGAUGAACAAAUGGGUGCACUGAAAGCAUUUAUUUAUGCGCAAAUCUCUCGUUUUACGCUCUAUCAAGGAUGUAUUGGUGAAAGACAUUCAUUUCUUUUAUUAACUACAACUAAAGUAGUUGAUUGUUUAACACAAACUUGUCUGCCAUAUUUAAAUAUACGUGGAAUACAUAGUGCUACAUUUUAUGCUAUUUCAAAUUACCGGUCAUUAAUGUCCGUUGAUUUAUAUAUUGAAAAAUUUCUGCCAGAUUUCCUUAGAGUUUUAUCUAGUGAGAAAUAUAAGAAUAAUUAUCCAAUGAUGAAAUUAAGUCAAAUGUUUGAUAUCAUGCUAAAACCGUUGUUUGAUGACUCACAAAAACGUAAAUGUACAAUAAAGAAUAGAUCAGUGAUAAACUUUACACAAUCCUAUCGUAAUAUGUUUGCUACACGUACAGAAUUAUUAUCAUCUCAUGGAAGAGUAUCAUGGGACGCACAUUCUGAAAAUACAUCAACAACAUCGAGUUAUUCAACACAUAAAGGUUCGAAAAUCAGCCCAAUAUAA